CAUGGAAAGGUACGACGCAAGAGUCACUGUAGAGCUGCCAAGGCAAUGCCCUAGGCAGUCUAAGCACUCUGAAAUACACAUUGGAAAUCCAGGGUUUAGGAAACAUAAAGGAAGUAGUCCCAAUAGGAAUGUUCUAGGAAAACGAGACCUAUAUGAUGAUAAAGAGAAUAUACAGACUAUGAAUAUUAGUAUUGAGGAUACCGCAUUGAUCAAUGACCAAUAUGAGCAAUGACCCAUUCCUAGACAACCUCCUAAGGAGGUUAUCUCAAACCAGAUGUUUCAUACUUCAAGGAAUAGAGACUACCAACAAGAAAUCAAGCAAUUACAUCAUUUGUUGAUACAAAAAGACGAAGAGAUCAGAUUUCUAAAGACCUCAAUGUCUUUACAAUCUCCAGAUAAACGUUGUGCGAAUAAAGUGAAUAAAGAGUCUCAAACAAGAGUAGAUCCUUAUGAGAUUAUCCACAGUCUCCAGGAAGAAAAUAAGGAACUUUAAAAGAACUCUACAGUCUCAGGUUAACACCCAAACACUUUUAUGGACCGACAACCUCAUGAAUCCAAAUAAAAGACUAUACGAGUACAUAGAAACUCUUGAAUCAGAGCUGAAGCAGACGAAGGUAGACCUGCAACUCUACAAGGUGAAUUUCUUAGACCCUUUGAAACAAGACUUGAACGGGCUUGAGAAGCUAAUCGAGCAGAAAGAUACGAGAUCAAGAAGUUACAGGAGGAAGUACAAGAAAUACUAUUCACGCGACCUAACUUCUAACCAAAACAUUAAGACUGAGCAAUAUGGUAUUGAUAGUCAAACUUUUGAUUUUGAUACCAGAGUUGAAAACCAGAAGUGUCAGAUGAUGCCCUCAAGGAACAUGAGAGAGCAGUAUUAUGGGCUUUCAGACAAUCAUAACAGAAAAUCGAUGCAUAAAAAGCAUACUCAGAGCCAAGCAAAUCUUAUUAUCCCGCAUCAAACUAGCAUACAUCAGCUAAAAGGCCACGUUAAAGUUAAGAAGCAAGCACGAAGAAGGAAAAAAUCAAGGGUUCAUACACAACCUAAUGAAGAUUUCUACUAUAACUAAGACAGAUCUUCACUAAGUCUUACUAUCUGGUAGUCCAAAUGAAGAGAUAUAUUCGUAGAUGUUCUAGAGCUAUCUUAAGGCUCCAUGUUAUCCUUCCCAUGCUGGAAAGUUCCUAUCCUAGGUAUAAAGCCUGCUUU